AUGGACAUCAUUGUUUCCCUUUCAGAUCCGAAGGCUAAUGGUGCCUACAGAUUGCUAGCUCCUUGGAUUGGGUAUGGUUUGCUCUUGUUGAAUGGACAGCCAUGGUUCCAGCACAGAAGGAUGCUAACCCCAGCCUUCCACUAUGACAUUCUGAAACCCUAUGUGAAAAACAUGGCCGACUCCAUUCGAUUGAUGCUAAAAAAAUGGGAAUGGCUGGCUGGUCAGGACUCCUCUAUAGAGAUUUUUCAACACAUCUCCUUAAUGAGCGUAGACACUGUCAUGAAGUGUGCCUUCAGCCACAAGGGCAGUGUUCAGGUGGAUGGAUAUUACAAGACCUACCUCCAGGCCAUUGGGUACUUGAAUAACCUAUUUCACUCCCAUGUGACGAAUAUCUUUCAUCAGAAUAAUACAAUCUACAAACUUUCUUCCAAUGGCCGCUUAUCCAACCAAGCUUGUCAACUUGCCCAUGAUCACACAGAUGCAGUGAUCAAGCUGAGAAAGGAUGAGCUGCAGGAUGAGGGAGAACUGGAAAAGAUCAAGAAGAAGAGACCUUUGGAUUUUCUGGAUAUCCUCUUAUUUGCCAGAAUGGAGAAUGGGGACUGCAUGUCUGACAAGGACCUACAUGCUGAGGUGGACACAUUCAUGUUCAAGGGCCAUGACACCACAGCCAGUGGAGUCUCCUGGAUCUUCUAUGCUCUGGCCACACACCCUGAGCACCAACAGAAAUGCAGAGAGGAAGUUCAGAGCCUCCUGGGGGAUGGAUCCUCUAUCACCUGGGGUCACCUAGACCAGAUUCCCUACACCAUAAUGUGAAUCAAGGAGGCCCUAGGGCUCUACCCACCUGUCCCAGGCAUUGUCGGAGAACUCAGUACAUCUGUCACCUUCCCUGAUGGGCGCUCUUUACCCAAAGUAAAUAAAUGCUUCUUACUUAUAAAUGACUGGUUUUGGUGGUGGCCAAACCCAGAGUUGUUUGACCCUUCCAGGUUUGCACCAGACUCUCCCCGACACAGCCACUCAUUCCUGCCCUUCUCAGGAGGAGCCAGGAACUGCAUUGGGAAACAAUUUGCUAUGAGUGAGAUGAAGGUGAUUGUGGCCCUGACACUACUCCGCUUUAAGCUACUGCCAGAUCCUACCAGGGUCCCCAUGCCCUUAGCCCGACUUGUGCUGAAGUCCAAAAAUGGGAUCUACCUACAUCUCAAGAAGCUCCACUGAUUCUGUUGUGGAGCUCCAAUGUCUGAGAUGAGUUUCACUGGCAGAAAGCUAAGUUGUUGGUGUGACCAACCUUCUUCAGAAGAGGACUCCAGAGAGUCCUCUCCUCCUCUGUUCAGUACAGAUCAUCAUUCCUUGGCACUGGAAUAUUCCCCUGCUUCAAAGCCAGCACCCUCCUCAUCCCCUCUCUUCUAAUGUCCUUCCCUUUUACAAACACUUAUGACAACAUCAAGAUCCCUAAAAGCUCCAAGAUAGUUUUCCCAUCUAAAUGUAUCUUAUUCAACCUAACCUACUAAGUUCCUUUUGAAUUAUGAGGAAUUAUUCAAUAUGUACCAUGGGCUUGAAAACCCAAGGCCUGAACAUCAUUGUGAAGCCAUUAUUCAGCCUAGUAUCAUUUUCACAUGACAGUUACCUAAUGCAUUCAUGUAAA